GCGGCCAAUCAGCCGCGGCGGCUGAGAGGUUUAAACUCGCGGCGGUUGGGCCGGGCCCCGUACUCCGGCCGGGACUCCUGCCGCCGCUUCUCCGCCAUGGCGCUCAGGGCUACUAGGAAUGCUCGGGUGACGACGGACGCCGCAGCCAAGAGUAGCUUGCUACCUGCUGCCAAGCGCGGGGAGGGGGUGGCCGCCUCCAGGAUGGGGCUGCGACCACGCACCGCUCUGGGAGACAUCGGCAACCGCGUUGUCGAGACCAAGACGCGGUCGGUGGCUAAGAAGCCGGCGGGGGAGGUGGUCUGCAGAAGGCCGCCAGGUACCCGGCCUGUGGUCGCCACCUCCCGGGAGAACGUGGCUGCCAGGAAGACGCUGAAGGAGGUGGUCAAGGAGGAGGAGCCGCCGUUGCCGGUCCCGGAUCCCCAGCCAGAGCCUUGCCAGCCAGAGCCUCAGUCUCCGACCCCCAUGGAGACAUCUGGAUGUGCCGAGUCAGAGGAUGUGCUGUGUCAGGCUUUUUCUGAUGUCCUGCUUGAUGUGGAAGAUGUAGAUGCAGAUGAUGGUGAUAACCCAGGCCUCUGCAGCAACUACGUGAAGGACAUCUACAAGUACCUGAGAGAACUUGAGGAAAAAAAACCAGUGAGACCCAAAUACCUGGCUGGCCAGGAAAUCAAUGGGAACAUGCGUGCCAUACUAAUAGACUGGCUUGUGCAAGUACAGAUAAAAUUCAGACUCCAUCAAGAGACGUUGUAUAUGACAGUUGGUAUCAUCGAUUGCUUCCUGCAGAACAACACUGUUUCCAAGAAGACGCUGCAGCUGGUCGGUAUCACAGCUAUGUUCAUUGCCAGCAAAUAUGAAGAGGUGUUUCCCCCACAUAUCGGAGACUUUGCCUAUGUAACUGAUCACACUUACACUACAUUCCAAAUCUGCCAGAUGGAGGUGAAGAUCCUGCGAGCCUUGGACUUUUCUCUAAGUCGCCCUGUCCCUCCGCAUUUCCUAAGGAGGGCUUCAAAGAUUGCAGAGGUGGACUUGGAACAGCACACUCUGGCCAAGUACCUGAUGGAGUUGUCCAUUGUGGACUAUGAUAUGGUUCACUUCCCUCCAUCCAAGACUGCAGCGGCUGCUUCCUGUUUGGCUCUGAAACUCCUUAAUGGAUGCGAGUGGACACCAACUCUGCAGCACUACACAUCUUACACCGAGCAUGACCUUCUACCAGUUAUGCAGCACUUAGCAAAGAACAUAAUUCUUGUGAACGAGGGCAGUACCAAGCAAAUGGCAAUCAAGAACAAAUAUGCCAGCAGCAAAAACUGCAAGAUAAGUGUCAUUCAACAGCUCAAGUCUUCCAUCGUAUGGAAUCUAGCACAACCUCUGGUUAAAAAGUCGUAACUCCCACUCACUCCAACUCAAGCAGAUGGCUGGGGCUGUGUAUAUAAUGUAUCUUAUUUUUAUGUUCGGGCCUUCAAAUAAAAUACUUUUAACUUUU